AAGGAUGCUGUUUCUAUGAGUUCAUAGACUACCCGGUACGACUGGAGGGGAUUCCCUGAACUUGCAUAAGCGGGGAAUCUAGCCAUCGGCAUUUUCAUUUUUAGAAAAAAUAUAUUUACCAAUUUGAUUACUUUAAAAUUUUUCUCUAAUAGAGAAAAUAGAAAGCAAGAAAGAUGUAGAAAAUAAGAGGACACCUAGAUGUGCCAUUCUGGCUUCAAAGGUCGGAAACUUGCGCUUCAAAUGCCCUUUAUGAUAUUUCUUCUCCUGAAAGGGUCUUUCCUUUAGCGCAGCGAUUUUCCUCUGCCCAUUUCCCUGGGUAGGCUUCCCUAGAUUGGAGUCACACUUCCCCAUCCCUGGAGGGGAGUGGCCCCGGGAGCCAGCGGUGCCGAGGACUUCCCCCCUGGGCCGGGACGUGGGAGGAGCUGCGGGAGAAAGUGGAGGCGGAAGUGCCCACUGGAUCAAGGAGAGUCGCUCACACGCCCUGGGAGUCAGUCACUUGUCAGCGCUGACCCGAGCUUGAAACCGCGCUGCUCCUGCAGUCUAGGUGCUUUUAUUACCUGCAAUUGGACUUUGAACCACAGGAGCCAUGAGCAACUACAACGUAUCCUUGGUUGGCCCAGCUCCUUGGGGGUUUCGGCUUCAAGGUGGCAAGGACUUCAAUAUGCCUUUGACCAUCUCUAGUCUAAAAGAUGGUGGUAAGGCAUCUCAAGCCCAUGUGAGGAUAGGAGAUGUGGUUCUCAGCAUUGAUGGGAUAAGUGCUCAGGGAAUGACCCAUCUUGAAGCUCAGAACAAGAUUAAGGCUUGUACAGGCUCUUUGAACAUGACUCUGCAAAGAGCAUCCUCUACACCAAAGCCUGAACCUAUUUCAGUUCAGAAGCCCGCAGCUACGAGCCCGUUUGCCAGCGACCCUGCCCAGGAGCUAGCCGAGGGGCAGAGAAGAGGACCCCAGGCUGACAGUAAACAACAAAAUGGGACAACUCCACCUAAACGACCACCAAGAAAGCAUAUCGUGGAACGUAAUACAGAGUUUUACCACAUACCGACUCAUAGUGAUGCAAGUAAAAAACGACUGAUUGAGGAUACUGAAGACUGGCAUCCAAGGACAGGAACCACACAGUCCCGUUCCUUCCGAAUCUUGGCUCAGAUCACUGGCACUGAACAUCUAAAAGAAUCAGACACCGAUAAUACAAAGAAGACAAACAAUAUUCAGGAUCCCAUCCAGCCUGCAGCUUCCACAGUGACAACAGCAAGGAAUGUGCCCCAGAGCCCAGAAAGUCCUGUUGCUUCGAGACCAGGAGUGGCCAGCCUCACCACUGCAGCAGCUUUCAAACCUGCAGGAUCUACAAAUGUCAUCAAGUCACCAAACUGGCAACGUCAAAACCCAACAGCUCCAUCAACUGGAAGGAUCUCAAACAAUAUUACCCCAUCUGGAGCCACUGCACCAACCAGCCCAGCCCAGCCUCAGCUAAAUGAACAAGACACCUUAGUGCAGAGAGCUGAGCACAUCCCAGCAGGCAAACGCACUCCGAUGUGUGCCCAGUGUAACCAAGUUAUCAGAGGACCUUUCCUGGUGGCGUUGGGCAAAUCCUGGCAUCCAGAAGAGUUUAACUGUGCCCACUGCAAAAACACCAUGGCUUACAUUGGAUUUGUGGAGGAGAAGGGAGCGCUGUACUGCGAGUUGUGCUAUGAGAAAUUCUUUGCCCCUGAAUGUGGUCGCUGCCAAAGGAAGAUCCUGGGAGAAGUCAUCAAUGCUUUGAAACAGACUUGGCAUGUUUCCUGUUUUGUGUGUGUGGCCUGUAAUAAACCCAUUCGAAACAAUGUUUUCCACUUGGAAGAUGGCGAUCCCUAUUGUGAAACAGAUUACUAUGCUCUUUUUGGUACCAUAUGCCAUGGAUGUGAAUUUCCCAUAGAGGCAGGAGAUCUGUUUCUGGAAGCUCUGGGUCAUACCUGGCAUGAUACAUGCUUUGUGUGUUCAGUGUGUUCUGACAGUUUGGAAGGUCAGACCUUCUUCUCCAAAAAGGAUAAGCCACUGUGCAAGAAGCAUGCUCAUUCUUUGAAUUUCUGAAAGGAUACAAUUUAAUGAAAAAGAAGAAAAAAAAUGAAGAGUGAAAAGAAGAAAUCAUAUGAGUAGCUAAUUUUUUGUAGGCUAAUAUUCAUAUCACUGAAAAAAUAUGGUGAAAAGAUAAAUGCCAACUUUAUAUACAUUUUAAGGGAAUAUUUGGACAUGUAAAGUGGAGAGAGGGAGAUAGCAUAGAAACUCAAGAUUUUUCAAGGCAUUUUCUGCCCAUGAAAUAACUAUCAGGCCUGUAUUUACUAGCUGAAUAUUGUUUAUCUUGAAAGAAUGGGAUGAAGAAGCAUUUUUAUGCUGAGACUACAAGAUAUGCUAUCCUGCCCCUACCCAGGGAAUGCAGGAUUUUGAUCAAUUUAUAGAUAGAUGUUGAAUAAAUCUGACCUCAGAUGUUCCCAUCUGUAUGAGAAAUUUGAGAAUAAACAAAAUGAGAUUUCUCCCUAAAGUUAACAGAAAAUUUCAUUAGAUGAUAGGUGCCAAUCUUUUCUUUUUUAUAAAAAAAUUUCUAUAUAGCUGUACUAAAAACUGAUCACAUGGCUAAGGAAUUCUGAUUGUAAAGUGUGCACAUCUUUUAAGCCAUGUAUUCUUAAGAAAAACCCUUUUUCUCCAUAUAAGCAUCUAUUGGAUCUCAUACAUAAAUCAUGCAGGUUAACCUUUUAUUAACAUAAGACCAUCAUGUGCAUCUUUCUACCAGUAGAUUGUAUUCUUCUAACCUUAGCCUUCUCUUAUCCCCUAGAGUAGACAAUCAGAAAAAAGUGAAUGCUUAGAAAAUUGAGCCUGAAAAAGAGGAGGGGAAGGGAGAGGGAGAGAUUUAGUCAGGUGCUUUUGCAAACCUUCAAGCACUGCAUGAAUGACAGUUGCUACCUUUACUAACUUAGAAGGUUACAUACAGUGUCGAUACCAAUUUGCAGAAGAACGAGUUCUCGAUGAUAUCAGCAUUUUUUCAAAAAUGUGCUAUCUCUUGUUUAGUAAGCAUAAAUUUAGUCUUUUUUAACUUUCUGUGUUUAGCUGUAAAACUGAUCAGUAACACUGAGGAAAUGAUUGUAAGUCAUUUGAUUUUAUCUAAAAGAAAAUCCUUACUGCUUUCUAGGUUGAUAAAUUAGAACACCUAGUGAGAGUUAAAUGACUGAGUGGUUAGAGGAUAAAGAGCUCUAUUUGGAGACAAGGCUUAUCUUGCUAAAGAUUUGAAAAUUAAUUAGAAGAGAACAAAACAUUAAUUUGGAGAUGUGAAAAACAUCCUGUGUUCUUUGAUUGUUGAUGAUUUAUCAUUUGAGAGUUUUGUGAUAUUAGAGAUAGAAAAGUAAUGACUUAUUGGCACAUUACCGGCUUUCCAAAAUAAUGACAAUAUUAGUUCAGUGUCCCAAAAGGCUUUUUUGGUUUAAAAUCCAAGUCUUUCAACUGCCUUAUGAUUUUUCAGGACACUAAUGUAUUAAGGAAAAUGCAGGGCAUUUAAUCAUUUUUUAGUUUAGUCUUUUUUCUUCUUCUUUUGUGUUUCUGUUGAACAGAGGGCAGGUCAGUAUGUUCUUCAUGGUUCUAAGUUUUUAUUUUAGACUUGCGGUGGGGGCAAGGUGUUUCUAAAAGGGGAUGGGAACCUAAAGUCCCUCCCUGCCCCAUCACUCACUCCCCUGCCUUGCUUCCAUUGUGUGCCUGUUUGUUCUGGAGUAAAAGCUGAAACUGCCCUCUUUGUUUAACCUCCCGAACUUGAAAGGCAGCUAUGCUAACAGCUGUUAAUUUAUGGUCUUAACCAAUUUAUGUUAUAUGUGGAUUAUAAUUAACUUAAACAAAUCAGAAAGGGGAGUCACAGAGGUAAAUCUACCAAGCCAAAAAGCAAUCGAACACCUCCUGGGUUCAUAGCCUCUAGUAAGGGGCAAGAGUGUCCUGGGGACUCAGCCGGGUUCUCUUGGCACUCUUGGCUGUCAUGCACCUGCAGAGGGCCUCUGGGACUUCUUGCCUCCCACAAAGUCUGUAGCUUUCAGCAAUUGAGAAAUGUGUUUUUGACCUGCAUCAGUGUAUUUGGGUUCUUUUCUGUGUCCUCUUUUGUUGUUUGUUAAGAUUGUGUGCCAAGACCUUAUUUAAUAGUCUAUGACAUUUGCAUACUUUGUAAAAAUUCGUGGCUGGAUUUGGGGGAAUUUGAGAAAGUUAACGUGCUUUAAAAACUUAAAAAAAGAAAUAAAAGUACCUUCUGAGGCAGUUAGGUGGCUUGGUAGAUAGAGAGCCAGGCCUAGAGAUAGAAGAUCCUGAGUUCAAAUGUGGCCUCAGACACUUCCUAGCUGUGUGACCCUGGGCAAGUCAUUUAAUCCCAUUUGCCCAGCCCUUACUGCUCUUCUGCCUUGAAACCAAUACUUUGUGUCAAUUUUAAGACAGAGGGUAAGUGUUAAGAAAAAAAAAUUUUUUUUAAGUAACCUUUUUCUCCCCCUCCCCACCCACACACACACAUCCAUAUUUCUUGGAGAUCAUAUUGUUACAUUUCCCCUAAAGUCUAUUCUUCCUGCCAGGGGAGAAGCUGUUGCCCAAUUUAUAAUUGUCUUCUUGUGCUUUGUCUCUCUAGUAACCAAGUAGUUAAAAAUGUCAGAUUAUUGGCAAGUCACUAAUCCCAUGGAAAUAAAUUCUGUCUGCUGCUCAUAAACCAGAAGGAUUGUGUAUUUUCUCCCAAGAAAGAGUAGAUUGUAGUACAUGAGGGUUAAUCUUUUAAUACCUGGCAAAGCACUUUAUUGUUCAGGUUAUCUCCUUGAGUAUUUAUUGUUCUGCUUAUAGAUAUCUCCCAGAUCAGUAGCCUUUUCUAUUUUUGCUUCUUUACUUUCAAGCUCUCUUGGUGUAUGUUUUGGGAUGCCAAAUUUGUAGCACAAAUGAAAAAUAUAUUCAGUGCAGUGGCCCUAGAUAGAGACUGAUCACCAGGAAUUUUCUGAGUUCCCUAAUUAAGUUGGUGCCAGUGAUGGGCUCAGCCUUUUCAGUAUUUUCAUAGGCUUUGAAGAGUCAAGUAGGAUCCUCUGAAGUACAGUGAGUGGGUUGUUACACCCAGCAGCCUAACUUGAAAACUAAGAGGAAAAGUCUUUCCUCUACUUGUACAUUUAAAUAGUCUAAGCUCCAGGUUUCUCAAACUCUCCCUUCAAUUGCCCAUAACCCUAAUGGCUCAGAUUUCCUAUGAAAGCCUAGGACUAAACUGAACCGUAAGUCUUGAGAAAUGUUAGGUUGUAAGCUCAAACUAAGACAGCAGAGUUUAGAUUUUUUAAAAGAAUAUUCAUGCGGCAUUAUUAUCAAAUUAUUUAUAAUGAAAGUAGAUUAAUCCACAGAUUUUCAACGGGUGAGGUACUCCAGCUCUUAAUUUUGCAUACUGCCUAAAAGGAACUUUCCCUAUCUUUGCUCUUAUGUGAACUUACAUGUAACUAGAACAAGCUGCCCAUAUUAGUGUGGCGUGAAUAUCUCAAAAAAUGUAUUUUGGAGCACAAUUUCUUCAGUUUCCUUAGGAAGACCAUAUUGUAGGCAUAUAAAAUAAGGGAAAAUGUACAAAUUGGUAGGAAAAAAUUACUGCACCAUAAAUUUUAUUUCUUCUUGAUUCAUUUAAAAGGUUGGGAUUUCCAAUAUGUCGUUUUGCUUCUCUAUUAACCUCUGACUUCUGCUUUGUUCUGUUUAUGUUUCUAAAAAUUGUGUAUUCCAAUCAGCUUUGCUUUUGGAUGCGUAUCCUAAUGAAAAUACAUAUAAACAAGCUUGCCAAGCAGAGCACUGCCUUUGUGUACAUGUCUUCAUAAUAAAUAUCUGUGGUGUU